AUGGCAGAAGAAGAAGCAAUUAGAAGGGUUAAUUCCUCUUCUCAAGUUUCAAGCGUGGGGUUCAAUAAUUUGAAGAAACUUAAUACCAAUUCUUCGAUUUCAACCAAUGCAUCCACUGGGUCUCAAAAACCCAACGCCUUAACAAGAUUAUUUACAAGAAAUCGAUCCAAUACUACAUUAGAUGAAACCAUUUCAGACGAAGACGAGGAUAAAGAUAAGUUAACUUUGGAACGAAAGCCUUCCAAUGUAUUCCGUAUGAUGAACAAACGAAAACCGAAGAAAGAUUUGACGAUACAGACAGAUUUAUUCAAGGAACCUCCUCAUAGAAAAACUGCUGUGAAUUCUCCUGUGACCACCACCUUCCAUAAUUUAUUCCAUAGGAACAUCGCAGAAGAAGAUUCAUUGGCCACUAGACCUGUGGGUAAUAUAACAUUAUCGUCGAGUAAUUCCAAUUCCCGAAUUCAAGAUGCACAUGUUGCUAAAGUAUUCAGAUUCACAGAUCCUAGUAAUUCGUUAGACGAAGAUACCGAGGAUGUGGAUAAUUACAAGAAACUUUUCCUCCCAGCAGACCAAUUCUUACGUUCCAAGUCUCCGAUAAGUCCCACGGCAUCGUUAUUGGAUGAUGACGGAGAUGAGAAAUUCUGGAAUAAUUUAUUAUCAUUACUCAAACCCGUGAUACUAUCUAGUCGUCAAAAAAAGUUAACAAACAACUAUAAAGCAUCACAACUCAUACAAACUCAAGAAGAUAUUGCCAAUUAUGUACGAGAUAACUAUCUUAAUAAUUUGAGAUUUGAAGAUGAAGAAUCUCAUGAUUUAAAAUCCAGAGAGAUUGUUCAAGAUUUGGUAGGAUUUUUUAAUAAAAUCAUGAUACUAUUUUACAAGGAUUUCAAAUUCCAUGGGAUGACCGAAGAUGAGUAUAAAAACAAAUGGAUUCGAAUCAGUCAAUUAUGGUUAUAUUUCAGAGGAAAGAUAUAUUAUUUCUUAUUAAAUUGUUUUGUAACCUCCACAGAAGACGAAUUUCUUACCAGGUUUGGUAUUGACAUCGAAACAUUGGUUCUUAAUAGUUUCAGGAAUGUAAUACUAAAACCUUUCGUUGAAAAGAACGAAUUUAAUGAACAAGAUAUUGAAUUUUUCAAAGCCAACAAUCGAACUUUUAAGCAUGUCAUGGCAUGUUUCGGUAUCGUUAACUCGUGCCAGGAGUAUGAGAACGAUAACCACUUCCUCAACACUGUUGUAUGGCUAACUAAAAUAGAUAUAUAG